CGGUUAAUCUGCAACCGAUUCCCAAGUUGUGUGCGUAAGGUACUACAUCAAAUUCUUAUAGCUGCGCAGUUAGAGCUCCUGGAGAGCUCGACCCAUGGAAUAAGGAAAUGGACGUCGAGGAAAGGGAAAUUUUACGUCCUAUUGGCAAGCUUCUUGCAAUUGUACGUGUGGUAGCCGCGCCGUUAAAUGGAACAACUCACGUAGAAUAAUAAACACUUCCGUUUCUGGCACAAAAAAUAACCAGACUAAACUGCUGAAUGUUUUUGUGGACAUAGCACAACGUUGAUGUAGUGGCAUCAUUCGAUCGUCGUAUUCGAAGAAAUAAGGAUCUGACUUUAGAAGUAGCUUUGAAGUAGCCAUGUGUCCUCGUCUAUAUAGUGAUAAUGCCGAGUAAAGGCGUCAAGGAACCGGAACUAGAUGAAAUUGAACCCGGAAGCAUCAGUGGAGAGCUUGCAAAUCAGCGAUAUAUUUCGGUGAAGCUAUCUAAGCUUGUUCCCCAGCUGCAAUGCAAAUUUUGAAGCGGAAAAUGUUGCGCCAAAUCAAAUAUUGCAUUUCCAAAGUUCUCUACAGGUUGCGUUCGAAAACCGUGGGAAGUACAACAGCCAAAAGGGAUGUGGAAGAGGCCAUGUUUAUGAGAAAUGGAUCGAACAAAGAUACCGAGAGACAUCCUUGGACCUUCGAAGUUUCGUGGGAUGUAGUUGGUAACGUGGCUGAUAUGGUUACCAUACGCGGAGAUAAAAAUGUUCUUGUUGGACCCUACAGACCAGACAGAGUAGAAAAUGACGUUGUCGAAUCGGAAUUCCCACCAGAGUCACCACUUGCCAUGUCCGUCCAAAUUCUACGGGAAAAAGGGCUCAAAGUUAUAACUGGGAAAUGGCUAGUAGAUUGCCAACCUCCAGCCAUCCUGUUUGACGUUGAAUCGGCAAGAAGCACGUUUGGUGACGACGACAUCGAGAAGUUUAAAAAUGACCAAGGUAUUGACAUUCCGGAUAACGACCAAGAAACCAAAGAUGCCAUUUUGUUUGGUUAUAUGGUUGCAAAUUUUCUGGCUGAAUUUGAAUUGCAACAUCGAUCAAAGUCAAUUCAGUCCACCUCAACGACUGAACCAGCAGUCUUGCUGACAUCUAUCAGCCAAAAUCAACUCUCAUCUGUCAAACUAGACACAUCAAAUUCCAAUCCUGGUCAAACGUCAUCAACAACAGGAGAAGAGACUUGUGCUGUGUUCCAUGACUGGAAGUGUGGUAUUGGUCUUAUUCUUCUCCAUCGCUGGCAAAUCCCAGUUGCAACUGUUUUCAUGCUGAAGACGAGCCAAUUGCAAGGCCAUUACGAGUCUGAAAAACGAGCUUCUGAUGAAGCUCGAGCUCAAGGGAUAUAUCAUCGUUUGUGUGUUGAACGUGGUGCUGCAUUCGCUUCCGACGUUUUCAGCUGUGUCACCGAAGUCGUGGCAGAGCAAGCUGAGCUUGUUCUAGAAAAGCAUCCCGACUAUGUUAUUGUUCAAGACUAGUGAUGUACUAGAACAGUGUACCAGUAGGUCUCUCAUUUCUGUGUACUCUUCUGGAUUACGUUUAAUAAAUACCACCAUAAAAAUUU